GCGUAAUAAAUACUUGCCAAGCAACACGUCUUUUAUUUAACAGUGGCGGCGAAUGGUAAAAUUAUUGUGUAAUUAAGUGUUUUAUCGGUAAAAAUGGCUGGCAAAGGUAAAUUUUCGGAGUUUGAUGUGAAAACGGGCAAUUGGACCUUAUAUUGCGAUAGGUUGGACAUGUACUUUUUAGCUAAUGGCGUUACGGACGAUUUGAAACUACCAACCUUGAUUGCAAACGUAGGUGAAAGUGCAUAUGAAUUGAUAGUGAAUUUAUGUAGUCCGGAAAAACCAUCUACAUUAACGUACGCUAAAGUGGUGAAAUUGGUGAAGGAUCACUUGGAACCCGUGCCAUCGGCGUUAGCAGAACGUUAUAAGUUUCGGCAAUGCAGACAACAAAAUGGCCAAUCCAUUGCCGAGUACGUGGCCACGUUAAAACAAAUGGCGAGGUUUUGUGACUUCAGUAGCGUGACUAACGGGCUAGAAGAGAACCUCCGGGAUCAACUAGUGUGCGGGAUUACCAGUGACGCAAUUCGACAGAGGUUAUUUGCAGAUAAAAAACUCGAAUACAGUAAAGCGGUACUGAUAGCGACUACAAUGGAGUCGGCGGAGAAAGAUUCUAGUGCGGUGGAAUCUAUGGCGAUAGGAAUGCACUACAAUGCCAGCCAAAGUGGAAAAAAACUGUGUACAGCGUGCGGCGACACUAGACAUGAGCGUUCCGCGUGCAAAUUUAAGGAUUACGUGUGCGACACGUGUUCACGUGUCGGUCAUCUACGGCGUGUGUGUCCCGAAAAGGAGGGGCACAAAGCUAGGGCAAGACCAGGAGCGACCAAGAGUUGGGGAACCAGUCAGGAGUACGCAAGUGGCUCGGGAGGCCGCGGCUAUAACGAGAGGGCGUUGACCGGCCGGGGAGGCAGCACGGCCGGCAGGAGGCGGCGAGGCGCGCGCUCGGGCGCGGCGCCCGCGCGCCAGCACUGCAUCCGGGAGCACCCCGGGCCGGCCGAGGACGCCAGCUGGCGGGGCGACGGCGGCGAGGGCGCGGGCCCUAGCCGACGCACGGACAGCGACGACGAAUGGCCGAUAUAUCAAAUGGGACUGAGUCAAUAUCCACCGGUUUAAAGAUGUGUUCGACGGAACCCUGGGUUGCUUCACCGGCGGGCGGGCUACGCUGCAGCUGCGCGAGGGGGCGGUGCCUGUGUAUUGCCGGGCGCGACCUUUGCCCUACGCGCUACGUCAGCGCGUGGACGCCGAAUUGGACGCCAUGCUGACGGCGGGCGUCAUCACACCGGUCGACCACUCGGACUGGGCUACACCGCUGGUGGUGGCGCACAAGGCGGACGGCGCCAUCAGACUGUGUGCGGACUACAAGGUUACGCUAAACAAGGUACUAAUGGUAGAUAGAUAUCCCGUGCCCAGAAUUGAUGACCUGUUAAGUAAUAUUAGUGGCUACAAAUAUUUUUCCAAGCUUGAUCUAUCACAGGCCUAUAACCAGAUUCUUUUGGAUGAUACGGCAAGAUAUACAGUGGUCAACACACAUAGAGGUUUAUUUCAAUAUAACCGUCUCGUUUAUGGGUUGUCCUCGAGUCCCGGCAUAUUUCAGAGGAUCAUGUUAAAUUUGUUCAAAAAUAUGCCCCAUGUUAUUGUUUUUCUUGACGAUAUAUUGAUCACUAGUAAAACGAUACAAGAACAUAAUCAACAUAUACAGGAGGUCUUACACAUAUUGCAAAGUAACGGGUUAAAAGUAAGAAAGGAUAAAUGCGAGUUUUUUGUAGAUGAGGUUAAAUAUUUAGGGUUUAUUAUAAACAAAGACGGCGUGAGGGUUGACACGGAUAAGGUGGCACCGAUUAUUAGAAUGUCGCCUCCCACCAAUGUUUCCGAAUUAAGGUCAUUCUUGGGUAUGGUUAACUUUUACGGGAAAUUUAUUAAGCAUUUGAGCGAUAUUCUGGUUCCUCUAUACGAGUUACUUCGCAAAGGUAAACAUUGGAUGUGGGGUGGCAGGCAGAACGACAGUUUUAUCAGAGUUAAGAAGGCCUUGUGCAGUGUGGAGGCCCUGGUACAUUAUGAUAUGCGCUUGCCUUGCCUGGUGACAUGUGAUGCGAGUGGACACGGCAUUGCAGCGGUGCUUGCUCAAAGCAGCGGCGACGGGGUUGAGCGCGCCGUGGCGUAUGCAUCGCGCGCGUUAACGGCAGCGGAAAUGCAUUAUAGUCAGGUGCAUAAGGAGGCACUGGCCAUAGUCUUUGCCAUAAAAAAAUUCCACCAGUAUUUAUACGGCCGUAAUUUUGUUCUUCGCACUGAUCACAAACCACUGGUUACGAUUUUUGGACCAAACUGUGGUGUUCCAACAGCCGCCGCGAGUCGAUUACAACGGUGGGCAAUACUAUU